GCAAGAUCUGGAUGUGGCUGGGGUACGCUGGUUCCAGACGGUUUUGCAAGUACCAUACUGACUGUCCCUCUACAGGAUUGCACUCAUGUGGACUAUCUUGUAAGUCGAAUGUGGAAGCUGUUAUUACCCUGCUGAGUCUGAUUCUAGCGAGCUGGACCACGCGACGAUCUACAACUAUCAGAACUAUGCGGCAUCUGAUUUCGGCGACAUUCCUCUACUAGGUGUUCUCAAUACUGCGGGUACGAUUGUCAGUGCGGUCUUGAAGCCGCCCAUCGCAAACGUCGCGGAAGUUGUUGGUCGCGCCGAGACGUAUAUUGCGGUCGUCAUACUCUACGUUGUGUCUUACAUUCUUUGCGCAUCUGCGAGAAGUUUCGGCCAAUACGCUGGAGGCUAUGUUGUUUACUGCAUCGCUCAAACUGGAAUGCAAAUUCUCAAUCAGAUCAUCGUGGCAGACAUCACUACGUCUAGGUGGCGUGGUCUUGCCAAUGGCUUAGUCAAUCUUCCUUUCAUGAUCAUCCCAUGGAUCUCGGCCUUUAUUGUGGACAGUGCGCUGGCCAACAUCGGCUGGCGUUGGGGUAUUGGCAUGUUUACUAUCAUAAUGCCAGUAUGUUCCAUUGCGACUGUCAUUCCAUUGAUCUGGUUCCAGCGGCGCAUCAAGAGAGCUGGCGGGAAAGUUCGAAAGGAGACUACCAUCCUGGGUUUUCUAUCUAAGAUCGACGUCGGUGGGAUGGUGCUGCUCAGUGGCGGAUGUGCGAUGCUGUUGCUGCCGAUCGCUCUUGCAGGCAAUACUCCAAAUCAUUGGCAUACACCCUGGGUUGCGGCUGUGAUGGCGAUUGGGGUCAUCUGCCUCAUCGCACUGAUCUACUAUGAGUCUCGAGUCGCCGUCAGACCUAUCAUUCCUCUACGUUUCACCAAGAAUGUUUCCUUGGUGAUCGCCUUUGUCAUCGGGUUGCUGGACGCUUUCGCCUACAGCAUCACACAUACGUACAUGUAUGCUUGGGUCACUGUCGUCCACGACUUCUCUCCACGAAACGCUACCUUCCUCACAUACGCUGCAGGCUGUGCUCAAGUUCUCACAGGCCUUGCGACCGGAUUCGUCAUGUAUCGAUCCAGGCGGUACAAAUGGCUACUCGUGAUCGGGGUGAUCAUUCGCUUGAUCGGUUACGGCUUGAUGAUGCGACUUCGAGGAGCCAGCAACUCAAUAGCCCAGCUCUUCAUCAUGCAGGUUAUCCAGGGUGCUGGAAGUGGAGCGGUCGGUACCGUCGUCAUUGUUGUGGCGCAAAUUGUUGUUCCACGGUCCGAGCUGGCACAAGCUACCGCAUUGGAGCUACUGUUCAUCUACCUGGGAACGAGUCUGGGGUCUUCGAUCGCCGGGACCAUUUAUACCAGCCUUUUCAAGCAAAGAUUACGGUAUUGGAUGGGUCCCCAAACGCCACAGUCAAUUAUCGACAACGUGUACGAGACUAUCACCAACGCUGGACCACGGCCUGGAUCGAAUGAGAGGAAUGCUGUCGAACAUGCCUAUUCCGACAUUCUCCGGUACAUGACCAUUGCUGCACUGGUGGCUUCGGCAAUUCCCAUGGUCGUGGUAUGGUUUCUGCCGAAUCUCAGGUUGAACGAUGAUCACAAUCUUGCAACGGACCUGGCAGAGUCGAAGAACGAGGCGGAGGGAGUGGAGCAAGGGGGGAUUUGUUCCAAAGACUGUGGAAGAGCUUAACAGAAUAAGCCUUGUAGCUGUGGUUCUUGGAGGUCAUGUUGAAGUAGAUGUGUUACACUUGUGCAGAGGCAGGACGGCUGUUAAUGGCCGUCGAUGGGAAAGGUAUUGCUGAGUCAUCCAAGCGGACAAUAAUCAAGCCGAGUGCCGCGACUUUCCUUGUCAAACACGGCAGGAAGUCA